CCUCUCCCACAGCUUAAAACCCUGCCUUCAUCCUUUCCCCACUCCACCAUGAAAUCCCUCUAACUUCUCCGUCCCCAAGUUCCAGAAACGAGCAAUUUUCAGCAUAACUCUCAGAUAAUCCAUUGAUUCUCAGAGAAACUAUUACAAACUGAGAACCAAUGGAGAAAAUCGACGAAGCGCAGGAGCUCAACGGAGGUCUGAAAGGUUACUGGAAUCCGAGAGCCUAUCAGAAGCUCGAUCGCAGCGGUCGGCGAUCGAAUAAGAGAAAAUUGAAGCUGGGAGGCGGGUGGAGGGUUAAGGUAUCUCCGAAGCUGAAGGUCUUACAAGACUUUCGUCCGAAGAGAAUUUUCGCCCAAAUCCGGCAAGGUUACGUGCGCGCGAUGCUGGGUUUCGCCGGCAAGCUCUGGUACGGCAAUGGCCAGAAUGAGUACGUGAGACUGAUUGGGGGUCCGUCGAGGAAGGAAUACGAGGAGCGGUUGAUUCUCCAGUUACAGAGACAGAUCUUGGAGCGGAACCGCCGUUACGCUGCAGCCGGGAUCACCGGUGUCACGCGCUCCGGCGAGAACGGGUUGUAGGUGUGGUGGUCUGCGUAUAGGAAGCAAUUAUUGAGUGUGGACACCACAUGUUGAUUGGUGGCAUUUUAUUGGUAUUGCAUUGCAAUAUCAAUAUCAAUAUCAUUAUAAUACUAUCAAAAUAAAACGAAUUUGAAUCUGUAUCUGCACGUAAUAUUUUUUUUCGUUUGUGGUGGUCUGCAUCUAGAGAACAAUUAUUGAGUGUGGACACCUCAUGUCAAUUAGUUACAUUUUAUUGGUAUUGCAUUGCAAUAUCAAUAUCAUCACAAUACUAUCAAAAUAUCAUGAAUCUGAAU